AUGGCAAAACGUAGGUUAUAUGAGUUACAGGCUGUGCAUGAUAAAGAUUCCCCUACAGUUGGAUAUAGAAAAACAAUCAUGGAAUUGGAUGAAGAAUACAAUGCAUUCCUACAAGAUCUUCAACAAUAUCCUAAUUAUUUUCAAAUGGGAACAGAGAAGUGCGGUUCCAACUUUUGGAAGAAAAUUGAAAAAAAAGUUGAAGAUGAAAAAGAGGAACUUUUGAACUCUAGUGAUUUGGACAGAAUAAAGAAUCAGAAUUUGGAAGCCUGUGCUUCAUAUAAUUUAGGUGAUGUGGACAAGGCUGAAAACAUUAUUUCUAAAGUUUUGGAGGAUACCCACUCUUCUAGUAUCAAUGCUUGUGCAAUGAUGGCCAUACUGAGCUAUAGAAAAGGAAAGAUCACAAAAGCUAAGAGAAAUUUAAGCCGCAUCAAAGAAUUAGCAGCUGAUCCUUACAAUAUUGAUGUAGCUAAAUCAGAAUUGGCCUAUGCCUAUACAAGACUUAAUGCAACAUUUUACAAGAAAGCCAUUGCAGCAUAUACAGAAGCUGUGGAAAGAAACCCUAACAACUUCCCAUGGAAAUUUGGUUUAGCUCUUAUUUAUAGAAGAUGUAUGAACACAAACAUCCAGGCAAUGUUUCCAGAUUUACAGUUGGAGACCUGUUUUAAUGAAGCUGAAAAACACCUAGAAUAUGUUUUAGAGAACUGCACUGACGAAAAAGAUCGUUUUUUCAAAGCAAGAUCAUAUAUUGAGCUGGCUGACCUAUACUCGACAGCCAAUGUUACUGACAAGCUUAUUAACACUGAUAAAUAUUAUAUUAUAGAUUUAGUCAACAAAGGAGUACAAUGUCUACCUGAAAACACCGCCGUCUUAAUGAAAGCUGGAAAACUUCUCAGACAUUGUUACCAAUUUGAAGAAGCUGAGGCGUUACUUCAAAAGGCCUACGAUAUCUGCCCUAAUUCCUACAUCUGUCAUCAACUUGGUUUGAGUCAGAAGAACAAUAUUAUCCAUCACCAUAAAAAACUACAGCAUAAAACCACGGGAGGUGGAAGAUAUCGCCAAAACAAACAAGAUCAAGACUUUGGUUCGAAGACAAGUCCUAGUUUCCCAUCCACCUCUGCACCACAGCAAAAAAAUACAACAACUCAAGACUAUAGAAAGUUGGACCAGCAAUCUGAGAGUUUGGCAUUUGAGAAUGGAAAGAAACAAUUUGACAACAGUUUAUCCUCGAAGAGUAGAAAAGAACCAGAUAUCAAGGAUGAAUCCAUUGAUGAUUCAACACAAACAUUAACAGAACCAAAACCUGUAGACAUUAAAAACCCUACAGAAGUUGAUAAUGAUUUAGAAACAGAUUUAGCUAUUGAAGAACCUGUAAAUACACUUUCAUUUCCAAUUGUCAGUCCCUAUCAAACCACUCUGAAACAACAGAUAGGAAGCACUUUAUUUGAUAGUCCAUCUCGUGAUCAUUUUGAUCCUCAUUCAGUGAAAAAAUUGCAAAAAAGUAUCAAUGAUGAUGAUCUAGAUCCAGGAAGACAUCCAAAGAAAGGUCAUCAACUGUUGGCAGAAAAAACUGUUGUAGAUGAUCCAAGCAAAACUGAUUCUACUGAAGGUACUACCAUCCUUCUAAACAAGUCAAAGACAGAUAUGGAGCUAGCAGAAAGUUUGUCAAAAGUGUCUCUGACAAACAAAGCUGAGGUUGGAAAAGAACCAGUGAAGAGCUUGGAGUCAUCAUCAUUUACACCAUCACGUCCUGUUACUCAGAAAUCUGAAGAUAUCUCAUCAGUACCGACAACAACAAAAUCAGAUGUACAGAACAAUCCAAUGAUGAAAAGACUGAUAAAUUCACCAGGGGAAGAAACUUAUGAUUUUGAAUUAUCCAGAAAACUAGACCCUUGCAUUGAUCUGUUUAGUCAGUCUGCUGAGUUGGGACAAGAACGAAACUUGUCUGUUUAUUAUGAUUGGGGAAUCACCCUACUAAAAAUGACACCCACCAAGUUUGAUGAAGUAAUGGAGAAAUUCAACCAUAUUUUGGAACAUGAUCAUUCUCAAUUUUUGCGCUACAGAUGUUACGAGCAGUAUGGGAUAUGUAAAAAACGAAUGAGUAAGUCACAAGAUUUCGACCAAACAUCGAGAGAAGAUUAUCAACAAGAUGCUGUGGAAAUGUUUCGAAGAGCAAUACGAUGCUGGGCAUAUUGUCAAAAAAUAAAUUUAAGCAAACAUUUUGAUGAUGCUGAAGGCAAUUGUACUUCUUUUAAAUCAAUUCGCGAAAUUAUUUUGGGAGAAGAUUCAAGGCAUGGAACAAAACCAAAGAAGGAUAUGGCAAGUCUGUAUUACUUGGUGAAAAAGUAUGGUUUUUCUCUAAGCCUUUAUCAGGAAGUCCAUGACGAGCUCAAACAUACCUCUGAUACUGACACUGACAGUGAGGUUAUUCAAGGUAUCAUCAACAAUCAUAUACAGCUUCAACAAUUCACUGGUGUCCUCGAUCUGCUGGCUCUACUGCUGUGUUCGAAAGAAGGACUUAAAUGCCUCGAGUUCAAAACUGAAGUACUGACACAGAUGAUGCACCAUUCAAUUGAUACAAAUGAUUACAACCUAGCAGAAUCAGUUUUUAAUUUUGAAAAAGAUCCAAAUGAAGAAUGUGAUAGCGAUGUUGCAAUAAUUUUCAACGAAGACGAUCAAGUUACUAAAAAGACAGGAGCUACUCUGCAGAAUUGGUUGUGUGAUUUCAGCAAGUCUGGUCUGAAGGUGAUAAAAAGUUCUGAGACAGCAGCAAAUCUGCCCGAAAUACAAGAACAGAUCAAACUUAUCUGUAACAGUAAAAUGGCCAUCUUCAUCCUGGCCAACGACAACCCAUCAGAGUUCACUUACUUAAUGAACACAGCAUUGAAAGCCCGGUGCAGUGAUGACCAUAUCUUGAAGAAGAUUUUUCCAAUAACCAUCAAUGAUGGAAUGGUUCCUGAUAUUUUUCAGAAUUUCAAUUCUAUGAAGAUGACUCAGGAUUCAAGUACUGUAGAUGAACAAAACAAAUCAUCAUUCUUGAAAACAUUUAGUAAGAUAUUUCUAGAGUAA